AUGGUAGAAGAAGCAGCACCUGUUAUAAUUUGUGAAGUUAAAAAUUCAUAUCACAGUGAUGGAUACCUAUUAAGUUCACUUGGAGAGGAGGAAGUGAAAUCCAGUGAUUACAAAAUAGAUGACAAUGAACCAGACAAAAAUCCCCUUACAGAGUCUGAAAAUAUGCUCACCACUGAACUGCCAACUCAAGUUACAAAUAACACAGAUGACAAUGAACCAGACAAAAAUCACCUUACAGAGUCUGAAAAUAUGCUCACCACUGAACUGCCAACUCAAGUUACAAAUAACACAGCAACUCAUGAUCAAUACAACAUUCUAUUCAGCCAAACUGAUUGUGUUCCUCGAAAGACUGCCGAUUAUGUGAAAAGAGUAGGUGUUCUAAGAUUAAAAAAAUUGGAAGUAAAAAAAACGACUGGAGGAAAAAUUAUUAAAUUCAAAGUUGGCUACCCAAGAAAUAAAAAAAACAGGCUGCAGACCUAG